AUGGCCAUGGCCUCUCAAGGCAUGGAAUUGGCGACCAGGAGUAUUGACCUCCUCACUGCUUUGGGGAAUACGGCCAAUAGCCCAGACUCCAUUCAAGCUCGAGGCCUAGUGAUUCCUAACGAAAAUUGCUUCGCUUUUUACCAAGCCAUUCUAACCAGUUCUCCACCGAAACCAGUUGCGAUAUUCCUUAUUCAAAGUUCGGGUUCGCUUGGGCGACUUAUGGCUGGCGAUCUUCACCUCCGUUGGUUAACUUCAACUGUGUCUGGCCUAUUCCAGUAUCACUCCGAGCAGUUUAUUUUUGAUACGAUUUGUGCUUUCAUUUUCCAAGCGCGUCGACCAGCUAACAAGGAGUCCCUGUCGAAACGCCAACUUGACUUUAAUGCUGAUAGAGUGAAGAUACAACCAGUUCUUGAUAAGAUCAUAUCAAGUAUAUGGUUUUAUAUUGUGAACUCAGGGAUAAUUAAGUCUGGAAUUGGGAAUAUGCUACCCCUCCCAGAAGAGCUAGAGAGCAUUUGCACCAAAGGACAUCAUCUACAGAGCCAUAAAUUGGGCACAGUGCUGGCCCAAUUGCAAAGGUGCAAAGGGGAGCUACUUAUUGACAGCAAGUUUCUGAUUAAGAAUCUUACUUCGUGGCUUAUUUACCAUUUCACUGGCUACAUUCGCAUCGUGGUGAAAGGAAAGGUUAUAUAUAGCCAGAACUCCGGAGAGUCGGAUAACGAGAAACGAAUUGAAAUUCGCAUUUGGGACUCGUGCCUUUCGGAUGGUGAAUGUACUACCGAAGCAAACACUACGAUGGAUGAACUUAACAUUUACACGCUCGUAGCUGGCGACCUUCAAUUACUUUUUCGACUUGAUUGCGUGGACAGUUCUUUGCACGAAACAGAACCACGGAUUAGAUCGAAACUGUACCACACGUCUAUUACUUAUCCUAGUAUAGUAACAGGGCGUGGAAGCAUAAAGAAUUUAAUUAGGUGUGCAGCGGUACAAAUCGUAUCAUGGCUGCUUAAGCUACCAGUUCUCAGAUACCUAGAACUUCAAGACCUCGUGUUUGAGGUGGAUGCCAGACAAGCAAAUACAACAUCGGAAAAGAACACUAGAUUAGCCAACCUCCUUACUAGGCUACCAUCAAUUCUUAACCAGGGGUGGCCCGAAGAUUCUAUUUCCACCUUUAUUUAUGCGAGACCGGUUGCGGACGAUACGGAUGAUAAGAGCUCUACGGACAGUGAGGAGGAACUUGGUGACACCACAAAGGUCCCGUACAUGAAAUGGGUUAAAAGCGUCGAGGAGCCUAUGUUGAAGACCGUUAUCGAAUACUACCCGAUCAUAAGAGAUAAUUUGAGGGAAGUCCGAAAAAGUUGCUAUUGUUGGGCAUGCCGUCAUAGGAUUACUACCAAAGGGCUAUCUAUAUUUCGUGGUUGCCUGCUCCAUAAAGCAUUCAUGGAGAUUAUGCAACUAAUCGCCCACGCUAUCGCCGAUAGUUUUGGUUGUGAUGAUAUAUCAGCCGUGUCCCACAUCAAACUGGACGAUCUUGGCGUUCUCAAUGUUCUCGGGAAUAUUUCCGAGGGACAGCUGCGAUGGAAUGACUGGUUCACCGUGGUAGCUCGUACUUAUCUGGGAUGUCCUCCGUUGACAACGAUGAAAUCUGGAAGAUCGACUCUUAUGGACCAACUACCUCAGGUAAAAGGCCUACCAAUCUCAUACGCGCCGACCGUCCUUGCUGUUCAAUAUGGUGGGCUCGCUAUCGUUGCCCCUUGGAUUGACAUGACGAUCGACGCGUAUCAGUGCAAACCAUUCGCGAUGGAAGCUGUGGUUGGGAGAACAACUAUUUCGAAUGAAGAUACUAAACAGUUUAGAACACAAGGCGUCGAAGGUGACUUUGCCGUUAUUGAAGCCCGCGAUGCGGAAUUACUCGACCAUGUUUUAGACAAGUUAACGGAAGGAGCACAACUACCUACUGAAGCGACUAUACAAAAAGAUGACACAGCGAUAGAUAUUGAUGUGAUACUGGCGAACAGCGGACCGAGUCGUUAUCAACUUUGGCUUCGAGUUUCUACAGCAGCCCAAUCCCGUCUAAUUGACCCAAACAGUGCUAUGAGAAGCGCAUGUCGGUUAGAUACCAGAGUUAAAUGUCCUCACAAUACAGAUUAUUCAAACGAAACGCAAAGGCGUGUGCGAGGCCUAGUACGCACCUACAGUUUCAACGACAUAUUAAGUCUAUGGAGCGAGGCUAUGGGACAAGAAAAGACACCCGCUCACGAAAUUCCUAUCAUAACAGUGUCGCCUUUAUGCGAUUCAUAUCUUAAACUUAACGUCGUGCUUUCGUUUAGUAGCCACCUCCCCUUGAUAUUGAGCUCCGAAACGGCUUGCCUAUCGUGUAUUGUGGAGCAGGCACAGAACUUUGGGCGAGACGAGGAAUCGGAUUUCCUCGUAAACGGGUUUGUUAUUGUCGCUUCUAACGAAAUGAAUCAUACGGACUGGUCUAUGGUUUCUCCUCAGAUUCAUGGCGCGAAGACAAUUAUGGACGCUUGA